AGUCCUCUCGUGCGACGGCUCUCGGUGCGCGUCUCUCUCUUGCCCUCCCGCUGCAGCCAUGGCCGCCUCCUCCGCGCGGCUCACUGUCCUGGCCAUGACCGCUCUGGCGUUACUCCUGCUGCUGUGCCUGGGCCCAGAACAGGUGUGGAAAACCAAACUUCUGUUGGCGAGUACCCAACUGUGGAUUCCCAAGAAGAGCCACUACGGAGAAAAGGCAGAGGGAAGAUGUGGUCUAGGGGGAGUGGGUGUCCUUCAAUCUGUUCUCUGUUGUGCUCUUUUUCUCCAGAAAUUUGAAGAUGACAUCACCUACUGGCUAAACAGAGGUCGGAAUGGGUACGACUAUGAUUCCUACCAGCGUCACUAUGACGAGGACUCUGCGAUGAGCCCCUACGACUGAAGGCACGGACCCAUCGGCAACUACCAUGACUACUAACACCCCGUGCAUAUGAACCGGCGCCGAAAGUGCCCCCCACCCCGCCCCCUUCACUGCCUCGCACCACGUGGCUUCUGCUGGGCUUUAUUCUAGCAGAUCUUUUCUACCCCCUUUCUGCGCCCAGGAAGGGUGAAUUAAAACAAACAAUAUUAAUGCUUUUUGAUAUUUCAUGCAAGUACCUAACAACGCACUUCAUUAAAAAAUAGAAAUAAAAGCAUUUUGUUAAAAA